AUGGAUUACCUGGAGCGCAACCCUCGAGACCCCACGCGCGAAAACCAAUACAACUUCGGUUCUGAACCAGGACAGAUCCCCAAAUCCAUCCGUAGUAUCCCCGAAACCCCCGGCGGAACUCGAGGCCCAGACCCUCUCCAGAACCAUACACUUCGCCCUGAGGAUAUGCUGAUGAUCAAGAAAUUGGGCGAGGGCUCCGCGGGAACUGUGUGUAAAGUCAAGCACGUUCCUACAGGAUUCGUCAUGGCUCGAAAACAUGUACGAUGUGACCCCAACCCCGACUUUCAAAGGUUACUUCAACGGGAGCUCAAGACCUUGGAUACUUGCAACUCGCCAUGGAUCGUCACUUUUUACGGCGCUUACAUGGACGACGACGAAUUGGCGUUGUGUAUGGAGUACUGUGAAGGAGGCAGCAUGGAAACCGUUUACAAGCAUGUCGCAGAGCUCGGUCAGACAAUACCUGAAACUAUUCUUGGGAAAAUCGGUGAAGCUGUCCUAAAUGGUCUUGUCUAUCUCCACAAGAUGCACCACGUUAUCCACAGAGACUUGAAGCCAUCGAACAUUGUGGUAACCAUGAGUGGGCAGAUCAAGCUUUGUGAUUUUGGCGUCAGUGGAGACCUUGUCAAUUCCCUUGCAGAGACCUUUGUCGGAACGAGUUACUACAUGGCUCCUGAGCGCAUUCAAGGAGGAAAAUACCCAGUACAGUCGGACGUGUGGUCGCUAGGACUGACGAUGAUUGAGAUUGCGCAGAUGAAGAACCCCUUCCCCCAGAACUUGCCCGUGUUUGACCUCUUGGACUACAUUGUUAACCAGCCUGUGCCCACACUACCAGAGGAUGAGCAAUGGUCGUCUGAUUUGAGAGAUUUUUUGAAUCAAUGUCUGACGAAGAAUUUUAUAAAGAGACCCACGCCCGAGCAGAUCAUGAGCCAUCCCUUUAUCGUCGAAUCAUCAAAACGGUCAGAUCAGGAGGUCAAUGUCCGGACAUGGAUCGAGAACAUCUGGGAUUUCAAGAGUCCAACAGCUCAUACGCCAAAGUACAUCUAA